AUGAUCGGCACAAAAUUAAGAGCAUGUUAUCCUACAGUCAAUGGUCUGAUGGCUUGGAGGGUGAUCGUCGAGUAUGAUGAUCUACAGUUAUGGUCUGAUGGCUUGGAGUAUCAUCGUCAGAAAAUUAACACGAGUGUUUUUUUGAGCAAAUGUUGUCCUGCAGUGAAUAGUUUGACGAGCAUGAUGUCCUACAUCUACGGUCUGAUGGAUUGGAGUAUCAUCAGCAUGAUGUCCUACGUUUACGGUCUGAUAGAUUGGAGUAGUAUCAUCAGCAUGAUGUCCUACGUUUACGGUCUGAUAGAUUGGAGUAGUAUCAUCGUCAGAAGAAUAACACGAGAGUUUUUUUGA